AUGCCUUCUGCCACAACCCAGCUCCCUUCCGCAUCUCUUGCAGACCAGGCAGACAAGCUUGAAGAGCUCGCUGUCAAGUUGACAUCCGCGGCGAAGACCAUGCGCGCGGGUAAUGAACCUUCCCAGAAGGAGCACGACACACUUGUCUCUACGAUCCGCAAUGUCGGCAAUGCGGUACACACACCAUUAGAUGACGUAUAUGACACCAGCAUGGCGUGGUGUAAGGCUGCUGCCAUCCGCCUCCUGGUAGACUGGAAGGUCUUCGAAAACAUACCCGAAUCAGGAUUUAUCCGCUAUCAAGAUCUCGCCGAGAAGGUUGGCGGAGAUGCGGUUCUCAUCAGGCGCGUAUGCUGGGUCUUGGUUGCAACUGGUUUCCUUGAGCAAAGGGGCCACGACCAAAUCGGCCACACCUCACACACGCGCAUUUUUGCCAAUUCCACCACAUCGAACGCAAACGCCUCAUUGUGGAUGGUGAUAUGCGACGAAUGGAUGCACCCUCUCCUCGCGAUGCCCGACUACUACGAGAAAUUCGGUAUCAAGGAGCCCACGGGCCGGCUGCACUCUAUCAAAGCAUUUGGUGAAGGCCAGCCCGAGCUCACGGUCGCGCAGAUCAUGAGCCAGCAUCCUAAGCGGGUCGCCCACAUUCAUCUUUCUAUGCCUCUCAUGGACGGCGCAUAUCCCCAGACCGGGUUCUACGAUUUCUCGUGGAUUGCUGAUCGGGCCGCCAAAGAACCCCACAGCCGGAAAGUAAUUGUGGAUGUUGGCGGUGGCAAGGGCUGGACGCUGCAAAGAAUUGUCAACGAGAACGAGGGUAUUCCCAUGGAGCGAUGCGUGUUGCAGGACUUGCCUGGUGUGAUCUCGUUCGUCGAAAAACACGGAGACGACAAUAUCAAAAAGGCAACUCUGAUGCCGAUUGAUUUCCACAAGGAACAGCCGGUUCAAGGUGCCUUGGUCUACUCGGUCCGUCGCUGCUUGCGUGACUUUGGAGACGACGAGGCUGUCGACAUUCUCAAGCGCGUCGUCGACGCCAUGGCCCCAGACAGCAAAUUACUGAUCGCCGAUACCGUGGCGACAAACCCUCCUUCUUUCCUCGUGGCAGCAAUUGACUUCUUCCUGUCAACUAUGGGUGGCAAGGAGAGGACGGAGGAGGAAUUCUGCAACAUCGCUGUACGAGCUGGAUUGAAGGUUACGGGCGUGCACUACUCUGACAUUGCGGAGUUUGCCAUGAUAGAGUGUGAGAAAGCGUAA